AUGAAAUUCUUGAAAUUUGAUCUCAAUUACUCUCAGCUUUUACCUACUAAUAUAAACUAAGUAAGAUUUGCAGUUUUAAGAGUAGUCUUUCGUCUCUAUGUCACAAGUCCAUAUGAAAAAAAUAUAACUACAAUUACAAAAUAUGUGAAAGUACAUGUUAUAAGGACAAACAAACUUACUUAUAUUUAUGAUUUUAUUGAUUAAAAAACUACACAUAAAUAAACCAAUUUGAAUAGGUUUGCUCCUACAAAUAUUUGAGAAAAAAUAUAUUUCAAGUUAGAGCACAUUAAGAUAUCUUUGAUAAUCUGGUAAGUGAUGUGUUUGAAUAUAGUAGUUCUUUUAAAAAUUCAACAAUGCCACCUUAUCUUUGAAGACGUACAUGAUUUACCUCUCAAAUUAGAGAAAACAAUUAGAGUAUUAAUUAGUUUACAUACCAUAUCUCAAAUGA